AUGGCCCCAAAGUCAGUCACAGACCGGCCACAACCAACUACACGCAGUUCCUUAUUGGGCAGGAAGCGCACUGAGUCAACCGGACGACGCCCGCCAGCUCAGAGGCAAACUACACUGACAUUCGAUCCAUAUUCCUCCGAUUCCAGUUCUUCCUCUGAUGAAGAUGAAUCUAAACAUACUCGGGGCCUCGACUCUAGGCAAGAAACGCAAUUCUCAGAUCGCGUCUCGAAAAGGUCUCAUCGAGGGUUGGAAGGUCCAUUCUCCAAGUUCCGACUCACCAAUGAGGGCUUUGAUUCCACGGGCAAAGUUUCGAAGCGGGAUGGCCGUCUCAAAUUGAACAUCACCGAAUCAGUCAACAGCGGGUAUUUUGCAAAGACAUUGGGGGCGGGACUAAAGAAACACCUUAUAGGCGCGGACAACGUUGAAAGUGCCACUUCAUCCGUCAAUGAGUCUAUCAAGACCUCGUCCGGUGGUGACCCUAUGGAAGAUACAAAGCGUCGUGUCAAACUCAACAUCGUCAUAAUAGUCAUCGGAUCGCGGGGAGAUAUCCAACCGUUUCUCAAAAUCGGAAAAAUUCUGAAGGAGGAUUAUGGACAUCGCGUACGAAUAGCGACACAUCCAGCGUUCAAGAAUUUCGUCGAGGGCGAUUCUGGCCUAGAGUUUUUCUCUGUUGGUGGCGACCCGUCCGAACUAAUGGCUUUCAUGGUAAAAAACCCAGGACUAAUUCCUAGUCUGGACACUAUAAAAGAAGGCGAGAUUGGCAGAAGGAGAGCAGCCAUGUACGACAUGUUUCAAGGAAUGUGGAGGGCGUGCAUAAACUCUACGGAUGAUGAAGGUGACAAGGCAAAUCUUAAGAUGAUGGGUAACAAACACCCCUUCAUUGCCGACGCAAUAAUUGCCAAUCCGCCAAGUUUCGCUCCUCCGCACAUCGCCGAGAGGCUGGGGAUCCCGUUACACAUGAUGUUUACGUUUCCAUACAGCCCUACCGUCAAAUUUCCUCACCCCCUUGCAAACGUCAAGAAAAGUAACGUCGAUUCACAAUAUACAAAUUUCAUGAGUUACCCAUUAGUCGAAAUGAUGACCUGGCAAGGCUUGGGCGAUUUGAUCAAUCGAUUCAGGGCGAAGACCUUGAUGCUUGAAGAAGUUUCAACAUUAUGGGCCCCGGGCCAACUUUUUCGAUUACGUGUCCCUUACACUUAUAUGUGGUCCCCGGGACUUGUUCCUAAACCUCACGACUGGGGUUCAGAGAUCGAAAUAGCUGGAUUCGUAUUUCUUGAUCUUGCGUCCUCUUUUAAACCUCCAGAAGACUUGGUUAAGUUUCUUGAAGCUGGUGAGAAGCCAGUGUACAUUGGUUUCGGGUCUAUUGUUGUGGACGACCCUGACAGAUUCACUAAGCUCAUCUUCGAGGCCGUCAGGCUUGCUGGCGUCCGAGCUCUAGUCAGUAAGGGCUGGGGUGGCUUCGGGAGCAACGACAACUGCCCGGAUAAUAUCUUUAUGCUGGAUAAUACCCCACAUGAUUGGCUAUUCCCGAAGGUCAGCGCAGUUGUCCACCAUGGCGGCGCUGGAACAACAGCUAUUGGACUCAAAUGCGGUAAGCCGACCAUGAUUGUCCCGUUCUUCGGAGAUCAACCCUUCUGGGGAGCAAUGGUUUCGAAAGCAAAGGCUGGCGCGCACGAUUGCAUACCUUACAAGAAACUCACUGCUGAAAAGCUUGCGGAGGGCAUCAAGCAGUGCCUGACAGACGAGGCUCGUGAAAAUGUUGGAAAGAUUGCCGAAAGUAUUGCUAAAGAGGGCGAUGGCGCGUUAAAUGCGGUUCGGUCUUUUCAUCGUAGUUUGCGCCUUGAAGGAGAGCGCAAUAUGCGGUGCCAGAUCCUCGAUGACAGAGUAGCCACAUGGAAGUUGAAAGGGACCAGUUUGCAGAUAUGCCCGCUUGCAGCAGAAUUGCUCGUGGAGUGGAAGAAGAUCAAAUGGAACGAACUUCGACUCUUGAGGCACAAUGAAUGGAAUGAUUACGGUGGUCCUGGUGAGCCAUUGACUGGUGGCUGGGGGGUUAUCGUUGAUACCAUUGAAGACGUGUUCACUGGUGUAGGACUAGUGCCAGUCAAGAUGGCAAAGAGCGUUAGGAAAAGGGAGCAAUAUUACGAAAAGAGAUGGAAACUGAAGCAAAGUGAAAAUCAUAAGAAGGAACUCCUUAAGAAGGCCGAUAAUGCAGUCAUUUCAAACAAUGGAUCGGAAGAGAAUGAAGGGACGGGAAAUCGGCCGGGAGCUGAUAGAAAGGAAUCGACAUUAUCAAAUGCCGUUGAGCCCGAGAAUUGGCUUGCUGAAGAGCUCGCGCAAGAGGCCGGGCAUGGUGUCAGAAAGACAGGUAGUGCCAUCAUCAAGAGCCCGAUGAACUUUACUCUUGCGGUGACAAAAGGCUUCCAUAAUGCCCCCAGGUUAUACGGCGAUGAGACUGUCCGGAGACCACCAAGGGUAACCGGGUUUCAUUCCGGCAUUCGCGCUGGACGCGAUGAGUUUGUUUACGGCAUCCACGACGGAGUCACUGGAUUGUGGCGUCAGCCAAUUGCAGGGGCAAAGGACGGUGGUCUCUUAGGAUGUUUGAGAGGAAUGAGUAUGGGCGUUGGAGGCUUCGUGCUCAAGGACAUUGCUGCUAUACUGGGACCGGGCGCCUACACUAUGAAAGGACUUGACGAAGAAGGCCGGAAAAAGUAUCAGCCAACGACCUUCAUCCGCAAAGCGCGCAUAAUCCAAGGUCAGAAAGAGCUAUCGGAACUAGGGCCUCGCCGAUCCCGUAAAAAGAAUAGCGAUGUGACUGGAGAGGACCCUGAUAUCUCUCGAAGACAGAAGAUCGAAUUGCAAGUAGCUGAGCGUUGGGAGUCCAUGCAAUCUCAGAUCAGCGAGGAGAAGAAAAUCCAUAAAUCUGGUAUCCGUGCUGCUUUACUGGGAACGUCCCAACGAAAAGAGGGAAACCCUGUACCACGAAAGACAUUUGGGCGAAAGCCUGCAACGAGCGCCGUGCCGAAAGCACAACCAAAAAAGCACCACUCAGAGCCGGUGAAUCAAGCUGAGCAAGUACUAUCAGAGCCAGCGCUAGGAUUGAAACGAGGCGAAACCGCCCCAGAUACGUCAAUGACGUGGGAAGAGAAGAACGAGAAGAAGAGAACUAAGAAACAGCACUUUGACAAUGUUGCUGGCCCGAUCAAGGAGGAAGCAAAGGAAGGUGGCAUUACAAAACAUCUAGUCCCAAACGCAUUCGACGCAAGUCGUGAAAACAAUGAAGAUCUCAACGAAAGCACCCGGCGCGCAAGUGUUAGUAGCAACACGCUCCUAUACACCAGUGAGCAAGAAUUCGAGUCAGGAAAGGUGGCGAAUGACGAAGAAGUCGGGUUUUCCAGAUCAAAAAGCGAUACAGCGGACUGGGCAGUAAUUCAAAAUGAUACAGUCGGAGCAGACCACCUGCGGGCACGCGGCGUCACAACAUAA